AUGGUAAAGUCCAUUGACAUGUGUGUGACAGUCCGUGCGGCCAAUCAGGGUGUAACCUUUGCCUGUUUCUUCGUUCAGGCAAGAAGCCAAUCAGACUCGGCUCAGACGAAUGCUCUUGGAACGUUCAGCAGCGUUCCUCAAGGAUCGCAAGUUCUUGCCUGCACCUCUGCCGCGGGAGCCUGGUCCCACAACAACAAGAAUGCCAAGAGGGAGAUCACUGCAACGUGGAUGCCGCCAUCCGAUGAUCAAGGAUCUGUUGCAUUCCAGGCAACCAUCGUGAGGGGUCCAGCCAGCGUUUACUGGGAAGGCGUGAAAUCACAGCCUCUGUCGUACAGUGCUGCACCUAGCCUGGUUUCAAGCAGCAUCUUCCUCUUGACUUUAGCCGUGUUCUGGGCGAUGAUGGCGUGACUGUGAUUAACGGUGGACGUCUAUACCGCCCUCUUGUGAUAUCAUCUGGACAAAAAUAAUCGU